UUUUGCAGCCAUUCAAACGGACAAAAUUCAGUAUCGAAGGCCUUCCAAAAUUAGGAUUUCUUGUACGAAAGAUUGGUUGACUAUUGUACGAUUCUGUACGAGCCGUGCUUUAAGUUCUAUGAAAAAGGCUUUUUGCCCAAGGCCAUAGGAAAAGUUUUAGACGAAGAAUGCCAUAUUUUUUCUUUCCCAAAAUAUUUCAUGAAAUUCCAAAUUCACAUCGAUAUCAUAUCUCUACAUUGACAAUUUUGAUAAUAAACGUAUCAAUCUCUCGUUCUCACUAAGGAAGUAAAUAAAUACAGCGAAUAUGCAAAUCCAAUCUUUAUUCGAUUAUAAAUUUCUAAUAGUUAAUGCCCGGACACUAAAAUUCCGCAAUCAAUCUCAAGGCUUAAUAAGGCAAAAUAUUUUCUGCUGAUUCUCAUAAUUCCCUUAAACUAAAAAUCUUACAAAAACCAUAACACCAACGUUCCAUAUUCUUCUAUAAAUAAAUGAUUCUUCUUUUUCAGUAAAAUUGUUACAAUUUACUCGGAGAGAAAAAAAGAAAAAACAUGAACCGAUCAAUGACUUUUGUUGUGUUACUGACGAUUCUUGUCUCGGUGGCUAACCUUGGCUUGGCUCAUGUCGGUCUUACUAAUAUCGACCCUUCGUGGUAUGACGCACAUGCGACGUUUUAUGGCGAUAUGAGCGGCGGAGAAACCAUGCAAGGAGCAUGUGGUUACGGGGAUCUAUUCAAAGAAGGUUACGGCUUAGAGACGGCGGCGCUAAGCACGGCUCUUUUCAACAAUGGCCAAACUUGUGGUGCUUGUUUCGAGCUCAUGUGUGUGAACUCUAAAUGGUGCAAACCAAACGCUGGUUCAAUCAAAAUCACAGCCACUAAUUUCUGCCCACCAAAUUAUGACGAACCGGUUCAAUACCAUUGGUGCAACCCUCCUAACAAGCACUUUGAUCUAUCGAUGAAAAUGUUCACUUCGAUGGCUGAGUACAAAGGAGGGAUAGUUCCGGUGAAGUUCAGGCGAGUGGUGUGUCAUAAGAGAGGUGGUGUGAGGUUUGAGAUUAAGGGCAAUCCUUAUUUUAUCAUGGUUUUGGUGUAUAACGUUGGAGGGGCAGGAGAUGUGAAUAACGUUGAAAUUAGAGGGCAUAAGAGUAAUUGGAUCGUUAUGAAGAGGAAUUGGGGGCAAAUUUGGAAUACUGGUGUGGAUUUGGUUGGACAAAGGCUCUCGUUUGUGGUUCGGACCAGUGAUGGUAGGAGCAUGACGUUCUUUAAUGUUGCGCCUGCGAGUUGGGGGUUCGGUCAAACUUUUGAAGCAAAACUGAACUUUUAGAUGUUUUCUUUUAGGGAUUUAUUUAUUUUAGAAGACUGGUAGUUUCCAAAGUUUUUUGUUGGAACGUAUUUUUUCAUAAUAAUAAUAAACAAUUAUAAUCUUUAGAUUUUGUUUUUUCUAAUAAAAUUCUUUAUGUAUUUUGUUGGAAGUCAAAUUUUAGACAGUACUGUCGUUUUAUUGAUGAGUGAAUUUCUGUCACCAUA